AAUUUCUUCUCUCUAGUGAGAAAGAUGGUACUGCAUGGGUUUCUUGUAAAGAAUUUGGUAAAGAAGGUAAGCAUGGAAAAUUAAUUGUUGAUAAUGCUGGUGAUGGUGCAUCCUUGCAAGCUUCUGAGGGAUUCAAAGUUGAAAAUGUAACAAAGAAAUCUCUUACUCUUUCACAUGAAGAUCCAAACUGUAAAUGUGACUUCUAUGCACCAAGCAAAGUAUUUUCAAAUAUCCAUAAAAAAAGUAUUCGGAGUUUAGAUGUGUCUGGUGGAAUUGGUGUUUCUGUUUGUGAUGAAAAUAAACUUCUUAUUUGGGAUUCAAAUAAUGGCUGUGUUCGUAGAAACUUAGAAGGACAUGUAUGGGAUGUUUAUUCCUGUCGAUUCUUUCCAUCUGGCAUAGUAGUCUUAUCUGCUGGUGCUGAUAUGCAGUUGAAAAUAUGGGCUGCAGAUACUGGCCAAUGUCCUGUAACACUGACUGGUCAUACAGCAGCUAUCACAGACACUGCUAUUGUUGAUCGUGGAAGAAAUAUUAUUUCUGUAUCUAAAGAUGGUACUGCUCGUUUAUGGGACUGUGGAAAAUCUGCGUGUCUUGAUAUACUUACCAAAGAAAAUGGCAAUAUUAAUUGUUGUGCUAUUGCUGCAGUAGAUAUAGAUGUUGGUCAUUCUGAAAUUCCCCCAAAUGAACGUGAGAUAGCCACAGAAGGAAAGCUUUUAUUAUUGGGUUGCGAAAGUGGAGUUUUGAAAGGUAUUGGAUUACAGAGUCGUAAACAGAUCUUUGAGUAUAAAUGUGAUUCUGCCAUAAACUGUUGCUGUUUCACCUCAUUUACUGCUGUUGCAUUUGGCACACAAGAUGGAAAAAUGACUCUUUUUGAUCUUCGUGCUAGGUUACCUGUAACUGUUUGGGAAGAAUCUGCAUCACCAGUACUUUGUCUAAUUUCUGUUAAAAACGGGCUAUUUUGUGGAAGAGGUGAUGGUUCAUGCAUUUUUACUGCUUUCAAUCGAGAUCAAUGCAUCCAGUUAACAGGACCUGGUUUUGAUCCUGUUUAUUGCAUGGCUUCAAAUGGAACAUCUAUAUUUACUGGUUCUAGAGAUGGAAUCAUAAGAAAAUAUGAUGUACAGCUUACAUAGAAUUCUGAUGUUUAAUUUCAUUUCAUUCUUCUCCUUGUAUUAUGCUUUCAACCUGUUCAAAAUAUUUUGAUCCAGUUUUAUUGGUCUAAAAAAAUAUGUAAUAAAGCUCAACUGUAUAUUUUUAUAUAUCAAAAA